UUCAUAUUCGUCAUCUGGUCCGAACGCGUCGACCUGCUUGUAGCCUGGGCAGAGCGACAUGCUGGUACAAUUUCAUGGGAGCUGGAUCCCAGUUUGGAAAUCACUUCCCAGGACCAAUGUUCUCCGGAAUCACGGACCGGAAGGACUUUCUUCGAGUGCACUUUGUUGUUCUGUGCUCUCUCCUGCGGCAGUUCUUCCGGUCUCAGUGCGUCUCUCCGUUUGUCAUCUGAAGCAAAAUAUUUUGAACUGCCUCGGUUCCCAAAAUACGUCGUCGUGAUGGCAUCCGUUCACAGGCAUGCAGUGCCAACUGGCAACUUGGCUAUAAAAAAGAACCGACCAUGGGAAGACGGGUAACAGAGCUGGCUCUCUCCAUCUUCAUCACGUCUGGCACGCCGAUGAAGUUAGCCGAUCUCAGACGCUGGUUUAUUUUUGUGAUAUUCGCUGUAUCAACAUCUGCAAUCCCUAUAUUUGAUUCUGCAUUGCAUUUUCGAUCAGAUGUGAGCAGCAUCGAAACAACAAUGACAGUGCAACUAGAUGACGGACCAAAAAAUGAAAACAUAACACAAAUGAAUUCGGAUACGACAGGAAGUCGGUGGUAUUACAUUGCAGAAAACUGGAAACUGAAGGAUAGCGACGGAAAUCAGACGAUCCGUGCCAUUCUCAUCACUAAUACCAACGGUCGUCCUCUACAGCAGAAGGAAAUAGAAUUCUUCGAAGAGAUCAAGCAAAGCGCCCUAGAAAUGGACCACGAGGACGGAGGAGACCGCUGGUGGACUGUUCUCCCCGACGUCUCCAAGAAUCCCGAGAAACCCCCCAUAUCCAAGAUAAUCUCAGACUCGAAAGACGAUCAGGACAAAUGCAAGAACGCCGUCAAACAGUGUCUUCUGCUCGCUGGUCAUGCACUUACCCAAGGACCUUGGUUAGAAGCCAACUAUCUCCCCGGUGGUGCAUUCUUUACGCCAGAACUGACUGACGUGGUGCUUACCCCAUGGAGUGCGGAGAAACAACGCGAGAACGACUUUCUGAUACAGUAUCUGCGGGUUGUGAUGAUGCAGUAUGGAACCCAGUCCUCAAGACGAGCGUCGGACGACGACGAUAGCGGAACAUCGACUUCGUCGGGGUCACAGGACUCAACGUCUGGAGGGAAGAUAACUUUCAAUGAGGACAGUCUGAGCGAAAUCUGCAAGAAGUAGUCUCUUCCAGCUCUGAUGCUUCUUUAGAGAUCCUUUUGAAUCAGACGAAUCGGUUUAUAUAAAUCUACUCGUUGCUGAUUUUAGUUCCGCAAUAAAUCCUCGAGAUUGUCUGUCACUUGUCAUGGAGUACAGUCCACCAGGUUAUUCUUG